CUCUCCUUAUACUAUUUCUUCUUCUGUAAACUGGAGAAAUACUUCUAUACCAAUACUCUGUUAAUUAGGUCUUCCUUUUCUCAAUCUCUCUCUAUAUAAGCAAUUCUCGAAAUUGAUGGAUGGAAACAACUGACUGCAAUAAUAGGAAAAAGAGCGAGUCCUAUGCCAAUACUCUGUUAAUUAGGUCUUUCUUUUCUCAAUCUCUCUCUAUAUAAGCAAUUCUCGAAAUUGAUGGAUGGAAACGACUGACUGCAAUAAGAGGAAAAAGGACGAGGGCUUUCUUUUCUCGAAAUUGAUGGAUGGAAGCAACUGCAAUAAGAGGACAAAGAGCGAGUGUGGAUCAGGGGUUAGGGUUGACAGAAUAAGUGAGUUACCUGAUGAGAUCAUAUACACCAUACUGUCUUUCCUACCCUUGAGACAAGCUGCGGCCACUAGCCUUCUUUCUCACCGAUGGCAGCACUCGUGGAAGCAUACUUCUAAUCUCGACUUUUACGACCCACGCGCCCCUUUUAUCAAUCAGAACAAAUGGCAUGCCGAGACGUGCCACCGUGUCAAAAUGAUCAAUUCGGUUCUUCAAUCACACCAAGCCCUUUUCAUUAAACAGUUCACAAUUUCGAUUUACGUACACAGAUCAGCACAUAGCACAAUCACCAAAUGGCUCAAAUUCGCGCAGUCGAGACAAGUUGAGAGAUUGGAUUUAAACUUCCACUGUAUGACUAGGAGUGAAAUGCGUGCGGUUGUGUUAGAAGAUUUGGUGCAAGAGAUGAGGCCUAUGAAAUAUCUCAAGGCUCUAUCUCUAGCAGCUAUGAAAGUGAGUGGUCAAGACAUCUCAUAUUUCCUCCAAAAUUGUCCCUUGUUGAGAGAACUCAAUAUCACAGUAUCCUCUUUCACGUCUGAUGUUCAUGUCUCCGGUGAUUUGGAGAUUCUUCGGAUACGUGGAUGCACCUUUGGGAAAUUUGUUAUCGAAAUUUCAGCUCCACAUCUUAAUGAAGUUGUUUCCCAUCAUGCAAAACCAGGCGCCCUACGGUUCAAGAAUGUUCCAAGACUUGCCAUGGCAAGUCUUGUAAUUGGAAGUCUAAGAUAUAAUGUGCCCAAAGCAUCUUGCUUUACUUCCCAUCUCCAAAAACUCAUAUUGUCUAUCCCACGCUCGAAACCUAAGAUGCUUUUAAUGGAAGGGCUUCCUUAUAUGCCUAGUCUAAAGGAGUUGCACGUUUUAGCUUGGCUUCAUCAUGCGCACCACUGUCUUGUGCCUGUAACAUCUAUAAUAUCGUCUUCAGAUGUUCAUGUUCGAGUUUUAUAUAGAUGAACCAUCAUUUGUUGAAACAAACCAAGAAGAAUGUGAAAUUCAUAUGCGCUUAGCUGGCGCUAGACCAUUACAGGUUUUUCGAUGCCCACACGAACGACUCAGAAUGUUAAAGUUUCAAGGAUCGUGUGCAACUGAUAUCAUCAAAUGGAUGUCCUAUAUUUCAGUUUGUUGCGAUGCAUAUCAAGAGAUAAAUACUUGUUCUCCACAUAUGAGUGAGACUAAGGUACAAGCUCAUAAGGGCCAUAUGCAACAACUUCAAUCCCAGCUACCAUAUCAAAUUGAAUUCGAGUUUAGAUAAUAUUAAUGCACUUUCUUUGACAGUAUUAUGUGAUUUUUUAAUGUGAUGUGAGCUCAACUUUGUUUUCUUUUGAUUAUUCACAAAACACAAUAUUGUAGUGAUAUACGGUAGUUACGUUAUUGAAAAUGUGUAUCGAUUUGCAAUUGUUUAUUGAUUAUCGUUUCGAUGAA